GCCUGGCGCCGCGGACACGACACAACACAACACAACACAACACAACACAACACAACACAACACACACACACACACACACACGUACACGUACACGUACACAUACACAUACACACACACGGCCGAGCCACGCGUGGGGAGAUCAUGUGACGAGUGACGUCAGGACGUUUAACGAACAAUUAGGGAAGUUUUUUUUUUUGGAGGCCAUUUCCGGUGCGGGCAGCAUUAUGUUGUCUCUGCUCACCUGUUGUCACCUGAUGACGUCACUGCUGCUCUGCUGCCUGGGCCACGCCCACGCCUCCAGGUGGCUGAUUGGCGAGCGAGAGCACCACUGCGGCGGCGUCUGCACGCGCCCGCAGGCCAAGCCCGUGUGCGGCUCGGAUGGGCGGAGCUACGAGAACGGAUGCGAGCUGCAGAGGGCGCGCUGCAAGGACAAGAUGCUGACGCUGGUGCACCGCGGCCGCUGUCGAGGAAGAAGCUGGGCUAAGCCGGAUCAGUCUCCGGCGUCUCCGGCGUCUCCGGCGUCUCCGGCACCGACGCCCCUGUCUGUGGGCGGAGAGAUGGCGCAAACAGACGUGGCUCAGUCCAAGUGCCGUGUGGAGAGGAAGCAGGCUUUGGAGCAAGCAGGGAGGCCCCAAGAGUCCAUCUUCGUCCCAGAGUGCACCGAGGACGGGUCCUUCUCCCAGGUGCAGUGUCACACCCUGACGGGCUACUGCUGGUGUGUCACCAGUGACGGCAAGCCGGUGAGCGGCUCCUCUGUGCACAACAGGACUCCGGUGUGUUCAGGCUCGGUCACUGAUAAACCUCCUGCUCAGCCAAGCUCUGGUAGAAAAGUCUCUUUCCGCUUCUUCCUCACCCUCAAUCCAGACGACGGCUCCAAGGCCACACCCACCCUGGAGAGUCACGUCCCCCUGGUAGGCGAGGAGAUAACUGCUCCUACGCUAUGGAUCAAACAGUUGGUGUACAAGGAGAAGCAGAACAGUUCCACCUCCCGGAAGCAAGAGAAAGUUCCGUCAUGUGACCAAGAGAGACAGAGUGCUCUGGACGAGGCCCGGCAGAACCCUCGCGAGGCCAUUUUCAUCCCCGACUGCGGGCCCCGGGGCCUCUACCAGGCGGUCCAGUGCCACCAGUCCACAGGGUACUGCUGGUGUGUGCAGGUGGACACAGGAAGACCCAUACCAAGGACCUCCACCAGGUACCAGACGCCAGAAUGUGACAAAGCGCCACGGUCUCACCUCCCAGACUCAGAAGAUCUUUUCCAAGGCAGAGACCUGACAGGUUGCCCCGAGGGGAAGAAAGUGGAGUUCAUAACGAGUCUGUUGGACGCCCUCACCACAGACAUGGUCCAAGCCAUAAACUCACCAGCCCCCUCUGGUGGAGGGAGGUUUGUGGAGCCUGACCCCAGUCACACGCUGGAAGAGAGGGUGGUGCACUGGUACUUUGGCCAGCUGGACAUCAACAGCAGUCAGGACAUCAACCAGAAGGAACUCAGGCCCUUCAAGAGGUACCUGAAGAAGAAAGCCAAGCCCAAGAAGUGCGGCCGCAAGUUCAGCGACUACUGCGACCUCAACAAGGACAAGGUCAUCACCCUGCUGGAGCUGAAGGGCUGCCUGGGAGUCCGCAAGGAGGGUGCACCAACAGCAAGCAGCCACCAGGGGACAAGCGUGAGGCCAGAAGGUGCCAGGAGCCGCCAGGAGGGCCGAGGGCACAGAAGGAAGGCGUCGGCACGCUCGCAUGGCGGCGCCAAGAAGAAGGACGCAGCGCAGAGGAAAUAACUUUCCCGGAAAAGACGAAAAUGCGGCGCCAAAUAUUUGCACUUCCUCCUCCCUGGUCCUAUUUUUUGUUUCUUUCUUUCUUUCUUUCUUUCUUUUCUCCGGCCUCAUGUGACUUUUGGCUGAGGAAACGUUUGUUGGAACCCAGCUGUGACUCCCCUGGCUGCCUUCUAGAAGCAUCUAGUGCCGCCUUCUAGAAGCAUCUAGAGCCGCCUUCUAGAAGCGUCUAGAGCUACCUUCUAGAAGCAUCUAGAGCCGCCUUCUAGAAGCAUCGUGUCUGCUUUCAGGCGUCCUGUGUUCAGCAAGGGGGAAGAGAAGGUGGCAAGCUGCAGUCGGCUAGGAAACGUACCGUAUUUUCCAGACCAUAGGGCGCACCGGGUUAUAAUGCUCACUGCCGAUGAAUGGGCUAUUUUUGGUCUUUUUCAUAUAUAAGGCGCACCGGAUUAUAGGGCGCACUGCCGAUGAAUGGGCUAUUUUUGGUCUUUUUUCAUAUAUAAGGCGCACCAGAUUAUAAGGCGCACUGCCGAUGAAUGGGCUAUUUUUGGUCUUUUUCAUAUAUAAGGCGCACCGGAUUAUAGGGCGCACUGCCGAUGAAUGGGCUAUUUUUGGUCUUUUUUCAUAUAUAAGGCGCACCAGAUUAUAAGGCGCACUGCCGAUGAAUGGGCUAUUUUUGGUCUUUUUUCAUAUAUAAGGCGCACCGGAUUAUAAGGCGCACUGCCGAUGAAUGGGCUAUUUUUGGUAUUUUCCAUAUAUAAGGCGCACCGGAUUAUAAAGUGCACUGCUGAUGAAUGGGCUAUUUUUUUCAUAUAUAAGGCGCACCAGAUUAUAAAUCGCACCGCCGAUGAAUGGGCUAUUUUUGGUCUUUUUUUCAUAUAUAAUGCGCACCAGAUUAUAAAGUGCAUUGACGAUAAAUGGGCUAUUUUUAAUCUUUUUCUCAUAUAUAAAGCGCACUAGAUUAUAAUGUGCACUGCCGAUGAACGGGAUAUUUUUGAUAUUUUUUUCAUAUAUAAAGCGCACCGGAUCAUAAAGCGCACUGCUGAUGAAUGGGCCAUUUUCGGUCUUUUUUCCAUAUAUAAGGCGCACCGGAUUAUAAAGCGCUCUCCCGAUGAAUGGGCUAUUUUUGGUAUUUUUUCAUAUAUAAGGCGCACCAGAUUAUAAGGUGCACUGCCGAUGAAUGGGCUAUUUUUGGUCUUUUUUCAUAUAUUAGGCGAUUUGUUUUCAUAUAUAAGGCGCGCCGGAUUAUAAAGCGCACUCCCGAUGAAUGGGCUAUUGUUGGUCUUUUUUCAUAUAUAAAGCGCACCGGAUUAUAAAGUGCACUGCCGACGAAUGGGCCAAUUUUUGGUCUUUUUUCAUAUAUGAGGUGCACCGUAUUAUAAGGCGCACUGCCGAUGAAUGGGCUAUUUUUGGUCUUUUUUUCAUAUAUAAGGCGCACCGGAUUAUAAGGCGCACUGCCGAUGAAUGGGCUAUUUUUUUAAUCUUUUUUUCAUAUAUAAGGCGCACCGGAUUAUAAGGUGCACUGCCGAUGAAUGGGCUAUUUUUUUUAAAUCUUUUUUUCAUAUAUAAGGCGCACCGGAUUAUAAGGGGCACUGCCGAUGAAUGGGCUAUUUUUUGGAUCUUUUUUCAUAUAUAAGGCGCACCGGAUUAUAAGGCCCAUUAAAGGAGUCAUAUUAUUAUGAUUUGAUCACUUCCUUGUGGUCUACAUAACAUGUAAUGGUGGUUCUUUGCUCAAAAUGUUGCAUAGAUGAUGUUUUACCCAAGUUCCUUGGGUGAAUAAUAUAAAGUCACUACACCGGUAUGUUUUAGUGCUUUCAUGGUGAGUCUCUUAUGUAUGACUGCCAUUAUAUUGCAGCCUACACAUAUCUCUUAUGUGUGACUGGUCACACUGAUCAUUACACCAUCUACCAAAUAAAAUAGCUUUGAGGUCGGUAAGCACAACCAGAAUGGUGGCGUACAAAAGGCACACCGUCCUGUUUUGAGAAGCUGUGCGCCUCAUAGUGGGUAAAAUGCGGUAAAGGUGAAUGUGUGGCGAAUAUGAGAUUUAGGACUGACUUAGUCCGAGCUCUGACUCCAAUGUAAGACUGCAUUUUUCAGCCAGAAAAAAAAAGCCUGACCAAGAUGGAGGUUUAGUCUUUUUUUUGUUUUUACAAGCGAGGUGGUUGCCAAACAACUUCUCCAUAAAUGACUCAGAGCUUUUCUUCCCGUCAGCAGCGACCCAAGCCUUUUUUUUUAUGGUGACCUGCCAGAUGUUAUUACACCCAUAGUGAAUACCUUCAAUUUGCUCUUUUUAUUUAUAGGAGUUCCAAAAUGAAGAGAAUUACACGCGCACACCAGCAGGUCGCAGCUUUUCUAUCUGUCACUCACGCGUCUUAGAGAGAUGACAGUAUGCUAAAGAAAUAUUACGUAUUGCAAUCUAACAAUUGGGAUUCCAUGCAUACUUAAAAUAUCAUUGUUUGUCUUAUUUGUUUACCCAAAACAGGUCUUUUAAAAAAGUAGUAAUAGAAAAAAUCCCGGAAUGCCGCUACUUUUUUUUUUACUACACUUUGAACCCUGCGGCUUAUGAAAUGGUGUGGCUAAUUUAUGGAUUUUUCUUUGCUGACGGCCAUAAUAAAAAAAGUUUUCCAUACAGAAAACUCGCCAUCUUUUGGACGAGUCCGCUCGCUUCUAUUCAGCGCUUUCAAGCGGAAAGAGACGGGCCGCUUGGUCUCCGAGCCGUCCAUAGCGUUCUACUCCUAUGGAAUCUUCAUUCAUCACUCCGAGCAAAGUUUGUAAGUUUUACAAUAUAACUAAAACCGUUUAUACUCACUAAACCGUCCCGCGUGUGACGUCUGUGGGAGUGUUUUCAUGCACAAUGUAGCGACGCUAGUGUCGUUAGCAUUAGCUGACAUGAUAACGCGUUUACAAGUGUCUGUGUUAGUAUAAUUACCUUAAAACAGCAUUUUUUUGUUUGUUUAAGUUUCAGAAAUGUCUCAGUAAAUUCCCCAAAACAUCAAAUCUGUUGCUUGUGGGUCCAUGACGAUGACUUCCGUUUUGUUUGAUCAGCCGUUUUACUGCCUUGCUACAGGCACCGUUUCCGAGUAAGGUAUGUAAAAAAACGUUUACAAAAUA